UUAAUAAUGUUAUUAACCCGCGAACGAAAAACCCUAGAGCAUAAAAUAGAUUGAUCGUUAAAACCCUAGGGAUUUCAGUUCUCCGAAAAUCCCUAAUCCUAAUGAAGACGGUAACCGGCAAGAUCCUCUCUUCAACUCCGGUUUCCGUUUCCAAGGCAGCCAAAAUCAUCGCCAACUUCGCCGCCACAGACAACGGCGCGUCGCAAGCAAUCAGCGCAUACCUUCGACGCGCCUCCGCUUCAUUCAGUGAGCUCAAACAGUUGCACAACGAGCUCCGAAAACCGUCGAGAUCGGACCACAAGCACAAGAAGUCAAAGCCCGAGACCACAGUGGACGGUGCUCGUGAGUCGAGCCUAGAACCGAGUGAAUUCAACUCGGCUCGUGAAGAUGUGGAGCUGAGUCAGGAGGCGGGUCACGGGUACAGAGACGGUGAGAGGAAAAAACAGAAGAACAAGAAGAAGAAAGCGAAGGGCGAGGAUAUUGAUGUUGGCGGGGAAAUUGUAAUUGAAGACGGAGAAAGCAAGAGGGGGAAGGAAAAUAACGAGAGUAACUUUGGGGAAGAUGGGGACAAAACGGUAAAGAAGCAUAAGAAGGAGGAAAGUGGCAGAAAGGUUGAAACAUUGGAGGAAAAUGGGGUUAACAUUGAGAAAGGUGAAAUGAUGGAUGAGGGAGAGAGGGAAGGGGAGAAGAAAAAGAAGAAGAAAAGGAAGAGUAGAUAUAUUGAGGAGGGAAUUGAAACUAAUGCUUCUUCAGAGCCACGGAAGAAGAAGAAGGUUAAAAAUGAAGUUGAUAAGUGAUUGAUUUUGAGGCAUUUUAGCAAUUUUGUUGUUUUAGAUGACCGAUUGAAGGUAUCGCAGACUCUUACUGUUGCUCCUUGAUGUUCAUGGAGUUCCAUGUGCUGGUAGUUCUGGUAGUGUUGAAGUUGAUAUUGCUUUAACUUAUAACUGCUUGACAUAUGGUAUAUUAGUUUGAUGAUUACUUUGCAAUUCCAAAUUCACACUAUGCAGAACACAGGUGAAUGAUUUGAGAACUCUUUAGCUUAUCGUUUGAUCUUGUGCUCCAGAAGGUUGACUAAAAUUUUACUCAUGCUAUCUCAUUUUGUGGUGUAAUUAAUGUUGGCAGCCUUUUGUAUUUCAUUUCAAGGUCUAGUAGGCUAUCCUGAGAAUCAGAGGCAUAUGUAAAGGUAAUGAAUGGUUAGGAUAAGUAUCUUACUAGUUUCUCAAUGUCAUGUGGUGUAGAUUCUUAGGUUUAUUGAGGAUUUUGCAAAGGCUUCCAGACGUUGAGUACAUUGCUAAGAAAAAGAAAAACAACUGAAAGUUCAUUAUUUCUUAGGUGUAUUUCUUCUUAAUCAUUUUGAGAACCAAAUGCAACUUACAACUUGCCUUUGAUUGAAUUUGUAUUUGUUGAGUGUGGCAAAAACAGAGAUGUAUUUGCCUUGAGUGCAUAGUCACUAGUAUCCUGUUAGGUUUGUUUUAAGUUAUUUGCAAUCCACCCUAUGCCCCCUGUUGGAUAUCCCUUCCUCUGGCUUGAUAAGACCUGCCUGUUUGAUGACUAGCAGAGAUUGUUGUGAAAGAAGUCCAUUUCCUAAACUGAAAUAGAAGCAGACAAGUGAAAACUUGUAACAAUCUUACUUUGCUAGUGGUUUUCAAUAGCUCUUAACUACAAAAGUAAGCUACACCAUAACUUGAAACUCUGUUGAAAUUUGACAAAAUGCAUGAAGAAUGAUGAGGGGACUGCUGAAAGGACAUUGUGAUUGAUUAAAUGUAGGUAUCUGAAGCAUGUUAAUGCGUGCUAUAUCAUAUUCUUACUGCAUUUCUUGGUGAUAAAUGUUGGUAUCCUUUUGAGGUUUAAUGGUGGUGUCUAAUCUAGCUGUGGUUUAUCAUAUCCGCUUUGGUGCUUGAGGCUUGAUUUGCUUAUAUAUCACUUCCAUUCUGAUCUAGGAGGCAAAUAAUUGCUUUGGGGGAUAUUCACACUGAUAUUAAGUAAAAGGAUUGAUUUUUCAUUUUUGGUAUAAUUAAGGUAUUUUCCAUAUCGGUUUUGAUGGUCUAUGAAGACCCUUUUAGGGUUUGUGGUUGGUUUUGUAUUCAAGGUUUGAAGUUUCUCUUUUGGGAAUGCAUUGUGGUUUACCAUUAGACCUGAUCAUGGACCAGGUCACUUGCUCAGACUCAAAGGUUAGCCGAAAACUGGGAGGGUUUAAGCAAAAAUAUAAGCCUGAAAAACGGGCAAGGUAUCGAGCAGAUUUCUUUUUGGCCUGGGCUGGGCCCAAAUCACAUGCUAUAUUUUUUUUUGUAUUUUCAAUUUGUUGGGAAACAUUUAUUUUAAUAUUUUUAGUGUAUUUGAUGUAUUAUAUUUUUUAAUUUGUUUUUAUAUAUAAAAUUUUAUUAUGGUUGGGUCGGGUUAGGCUUGGGUUUAGCAUUUUUAAUAUUGGUUAGGCCUGGGUAAAAUUUUAAGCCUAUUUUUUGGGUUGGGAUCGGGCUUAGAAAAUAGGUCUAAAAUUUUGUAUCAAUCGAACUUGGCUUAGCUCAAUCCAUGAUCAGGUGUUAGAGCUUGGAUUCACUUGUUGUAUAAGGUGCUCAGAUAAUGAAUAUUCACUUAGCUUGGUUCGGUCCAUGAUCACGUUUACUUA